AAACUCGACCGAAGGCCCAGUCGAAUAGCCCAGUUUCUGGCUGGCUCCCUCUGACGGGGAAGAGGAAGGAAAGUAAGAGUAAGACUGUCAGCGACUCUGCCUGCUUAGACAGAGAGCGCUGUCGUCUCGUCGUUUUCAUUUUUUCGCCAUUUUCUGAUUUUCGCCCCGAUCGAUCUCUAAACUGAGCCAGAGGCCAGAGCUCCCAUUCCGUCGACUAGAAAUUUCCCCGUAGAUCUUCGAUCAAGCUCCGCCGACCUUCGCCUUGCUGCCUUCCACCGAAGAAGGGAAGAGGAGAGAGAGCAACAAGGAGAGAUGUUGCCUACUUCGUCCAAAGCCAGGGCUUCGUCCUCCGCAUCUAGAGCUCACUCCAUGUUCCCGCAGUACCUUCGCAGAAUUAUCAAGUGGCAACAAAUGGACAUUGAAUACACGUUCUGGCAAAUGCUUCAUCUAUGCACCUCCCCGAAAGUUGUGUAAGUAAUUCUUGGUUGUUUCAUCAUUUAUUACGGUUCGCAUAUUUGCAUCUAACCCUUUGUAGGUGAUGUGAUGCCUCUGUGUUACUAGGUGAUACACCUUAGGUCUUUCUAUCUGUUUUUUAUUGACUCGUAUUGCAUGAUCGUUCGAAGCUGCAUAGCUUAACUUACGUGAUGUUGAAGAAUUUCAUACAUGAUUCUCAAUUUCCUUUUCUUGUUUCCAGCCCUCUGCUUCUUAAUAUUUAGUAUUUGGCUGUACCAUAGCUAAGAUGUAAGGCUUUUACCUUUAUAACGUCAUGGUAUUGCUGGAGUCAUGACUGUACACGUAUUUGUUUCACAUUUCUGAGUGAUUGUACCUUGUGAUAUCCUGAUUUGCUUUUGUUGUAUGGAGUCGGGGAAAAAAAUAUCAGAGUUUGAAUGUGUCAGAAGUUGGGGUUGCUGGUCAAACAGGCAAGCUUAUCCUAUUGAUAAGGAUUCUAACAAUUUAUUUGCAUGUCGUUGCUGUGGGAUGGAAGCAGCUAUCAGCACACUAAGUACCAUAAGCAAACUAAGAAUCAAUGGGCACGUGACGAUCCUGCUUUUGUUGUAAUCUGCAGUCUCCUUCUGGCUGUUGCGACUUUGGCUUAUUGUGCGGCGUAUGAUCACAGUGCAUCUCAUGCUGUUUUUGUAGUUAUAUCAGUAUUGCUUUUCCACUUUUUGACUGCCGGGGUGCUUCUGGCUACUUCUUGUUGGUUGUAUGCAUUCGAUGUGCACUGCAAUUCUUUCUUCCCCAUGUUUGUUAUGCUCUAUGUUAUACAUUAUUUUCUGUCACCUCUUUUGGUGGCCCAUGGUUUCAUACCGGUUCUACUAUCAAACCUGCUUUUCUUGGUGGCAGCCUCGUAUUACCAUUACCUCAACUUUCUAGGUUAUGACGGUAAGUUGAUUUUUGUUUUUAUUUCCAGCUAUACUUGCGAAGAGAUAAUGUAUCAGUUCUACACUUGUCAUUUGUUUACGCUAAUCAUGACCAGCAAGAUGCAUUUGACUGCAGUGCUACCCUUCCUAGAGAGAACAACCUUUUUCUUGUAUCCAAUCGGCAUAGUCAUCGUCCUUUCUCCCAUUUUAAUUCUAAGCGGGUUCAGUCCUUCAAGAUACUUCAUGAACAUGUACUUCAGUCAAAGGCUGUGAUAUACCCACCCAAGGCAGCUAACAGCAUUUUUGGAGGCAUUCCGUUAGGUACGCGAUUGCAUCAAAGUUAUUGGAGGGAAGACAUAAUUCUUUUGGUGUAAAUGUGAGAACUGAGACCAGGGCCCCUUGAAACAGAAGAUCAUUGUAGUAACUCUUGAAACCGGGAAGAAGUAGGAAGAAGUAUAAAUGAAGCGCACAAAGUGGUCGGAAGUGGAGUUUUCUUACUCCUCAGAAUCGAGGGUUAGUCUGAUACAUGGUCAUGUAGAUCCAUGAUGUAAUCCUUUUGAUUGUUUUUUGUUGUCAAAUCUGGUGGGUGGGUUCUUCUGGUUAGCAUGGUUCUUCCUCCCAUCUGAAACUUUUGUUCUUGAAUGUGGAAGUUUUACGA